AUGCGCAUCAUCGCCCUCCCGCUCGCGACGCCGUCCCUCGCGCACCGGCCACCUGAGCACCUCACGUACUACCACUUCGUCACGCCCCCACCGUCGAAGAGCAAAUCCAAUUCAUGGUCAAAGCGGGUCAUUGUGAAAGCGUCGGAUCUGUGGGCGGGCCUCGGGAGGGCGCCGGAGGGUAACUGGAAGCGCAAAGUCUUCGUGUACGGCGAGCGCCUCAUCGACCGACUCGACUUUGAAGAGCUCGCGCUCAAGUCCUUCGACACAUCCCUCGGGCCGCAGCUCCUCCGCCUCCGACACACGGACAAGCUCAGGCCGCGCGACCACCCCACGAUCCCACUCAUCUACCCACCAACCUCAUGCGCCUCCCCCCUCCCCCACCUCCGCGCCCUCCUCGAGAAGCGCACCCCACGGCACCGCAACGGCUGCCUCAUCUGGAUCGCCGCUGCCCCCUUCACCAUACCCUUCAUGCUCGUCCCGCUCAUACCCAACUUUCCUUUCUUCUACUGCGCCUGGCGCGCAUGGUCGCACUAUCGCGCCUUCAAAGCCUCGCAAUACCUCGAGGCGUUCGUAGCCCAGGGCGCCAUCCUCCCACAAGCAAGCCCCGAGCUCGACACCAUCUACGCACAGCACGCGCCUGCCCCGCCCUCCCCCGAGCCCAAAUCGCAAGUGGAUACAUCCGCACCGCCAGACGCCACCUUUGCGUCGACCUCGAACCACUGGGAGGACAAGAAUGACGGAGGAGGAGCGGCGGCGGCGGCGCGCCCGCACCUCCUACUCACGCGCGCGGCGGUGCCCGCACUAGAACGCUUAUUCGCGCUCCCGCCAGGCUCGAGCUUCGCGGCGGACGUGUACCGCGCGUUGGAGCAAGCGCGGAUCCGGCUAGAGAAGGAGGGGAGGUAG